AGAAACGUUUUUAUUUGAGUUGUUACUAUAUUUACGGCUUCCAUUACACAUAAACACGUUCUAUAUAAUUUUGAUGAUCAUGGACGACAAGAGCACUCGAACCAUGACCGAGGAGAAAAGUCGAAAGGAAGAGGUUGAAGAAAACAAUUAUGAAAUGCUGGAAAAAGAGUUCCAGGAGGUUCUCAGUGAGCUCGCUGGAGAUGCAAACCUCGAAAAAUUCCACGUUGAAUAUGAAAAGCUGACCAAAGCCCUGAAGAAAUCUCAUGAGAAUGAGAAACGACUCAUGGCCAAGUGCAGGGAGCUAAAUGCGGAGAUCGUGUCCAACGCUACCAAAAUGACCACCGCUCUCAAGUUGUCCCAAGAGGAUAAAAUAACGAUAUCGUCCCUGAAAAAGGAAGUGGAAAAGGCCUGGGAAAUGGUGGAUACUGCUAAUGAUAAAGAGCAGAGAGCCAAAGAAACAAUAGAAGGUUUAAAGGAAGAAAUUGCAAACCUGACCAAGAUUGUGGAGAAGAGAGCAAGUGCAUCUGCGGGUAAAGAUCAUACUGUGACUGAUUUGCAGAAAAUCAAAGAGGAUCUCACCAAGGAAAGAGAUGAGCUCCUUACCGAGGUGGUAAAUUUACGGGAGAGUCUCGCCAAGGCCUCCAUGAAUCAACAAGAGAUGGAAGCCCAGAAAGAGAAGGCCGUAGAAACAAUCUCUCAGCUCCAGCAAGACAUACAAGUGCACCAGAAUGAGGUCUCCCGUGAGACCCGUAAGAAGGAGAAGCUGGAGAAGGAGGUGAAACAGCUGCAAGCCGACCUGGAUGCCAAGCAAUCGGAGAUCAGAGUGCUGAAUCUGCAGAGCCAGCGCAGCAGGGAGGAGCAGCAGAAGCUGGAGCAGCAGCUGCGGGAGCAGAAGGUGCUCAACGAGAGAGUGACUAAAGAGCUGGAGCAGAUGCAAGUGAGAAAUACGAAGCUGCAGCAGGAGAACGAGCAGAACACUCUGAGCCUGGAGGAGCUUUCCCUCGAGAACCAACAAAGGGCAUCGGAUCUGAAGAUAAAAGAAGAGGAGGUGAAUCAGAUGCGUCAGGAGAUAUCGAAGCUAACGAAGAUGAGAGAAGCCACCCAGAGGAAACUCCGCCACAUGGAGGACCUCAAAGCGGAGCUGGAGAAACAGAGGGAGAUACUGAAGAACCAAAUCGCUGGCUUGGAGAAAGAAAUUGAAUCCUCCAAAAAACAUCUGGAAUCUGACAAGAAAGUCAUAGACGAACUGGUGAGAGAGAAAGAGCUCUUGAACAAGAACAUGAUCAAGGCUGCCAGUGUCUCAGAGAAGCAUUUGAAUAUGGUGAAGCUUCAUGAGCAGUCGAAGAAGAUUCUGGACCGAGAGAUCAUGAACUACAGGGAUGAAGCUCAGAAACAGCGGAAGAUCAUCUACCAGCUGGAGAAAGAGCGCGACCGCUACAUUAACGAAGCCAGCGAUCUCACGCAAAAGGUCCUCCAACACAUGGAGGACAUUAAAGUGCGGGAGAUGCAAGUCUUUGACUACAAAAAAAAGAUCGCUGAGGCCGAGACGAAGCUCAAGCAGCAACAGAACCUCUACGAGGCAGUGAGAUCUGACAGGAACCUCUACAGCAAGAACCUCAUUGAAGCCCAGGAUGAGAUAACGGAAUUGAAACGGAAACUGAAGGCCAUGAACCACCAAAUCGACCAGCUCAAAGAGGAGAUAAAUGGAAAGGAGGCGGCCCUCAUGAGGGAGCACCUCGAAUUUCAGCGCGUGGAGAAAGACAAAGAAGCUCUCAAGGCGGAGCUUCAGAAGAUGAAGCAGCAGGCCCAGGAGACAAAGCAGUUCAUUGACAAUCAGGAGGCAGAGGAGCGAAAGCUGCUCAAGAUCAUCGCCGACGCUGAUGCUGAGAGGCUGAGACAGAAGAAGGAAUUGGAUCAGGUAAUCAGUGAGCGUGACAUUCUGGGAACACAGCUGGUGCGCCGCAAUGACGAACUGGCACUCCUCUAUGAGAAGAUUAAGAUCCAGCAGUCCAUACUGAACAAGGGGGAGGUCCAGUACAACCAGAGGGUGGAGGACAUCAGACUGCUGAAGAUGGAAAUCAAGAAACUGAGACGGGAAAAAAGCAUCCUGACCAAAACGAUGUCCAAUGUUGAAGGACUUAGGCGGGAGGUAUACCACAUGCAAAAGGAACUUCUUAAAGAACAAACAAGGUGUAAAGCUUUGGAGGAGGAGCUUGAGAAUCCUCUGAAUGUGCAUCGAUGGAGAAAGCUGGAGGCCAGUGACCCGAGCACCUAUGAACUGAUCCAGAAGAUUCACUCCCUACAAAGGCGUCUGAUAACAAAGAGCGAGGAGGUGGUGGAAAAAGAGCUUUUAUUGCAGGAGAAGGAGAAGCUGUAUGUGGAGCUCAAACGCAUUCUUGCAAGGCAGCCUGGACCGGAGGCAGCGGAGCAGCUUCAGAUCUACCAACAGACACUGAGAGAGAAGACGAAACAGCUCAAGGCUUUGUCAUCGGAGCUCACCAUGUACGAGACACAAACACAAGAGUACAAAUAUGAGAUAGAAAGAUUGGCCCAGGAGCUGCAAAAUGUCAAGAAGAAGUACCUAACUCAGAAACGCAAGGAGCAGCAGUCCAGGGAUAAGGAGAGAAGCCUGGCCCAGGUGGAACACUCUGAGAUCCAGCCUCAGCGGACGGACGGCCCACGCUUCACAGGGGGAGGUUUUUGCCUCAAGCAGGCUGGAAAAAUCACAGCGUAGACCCGGCUCCCCACGCCUCUUGUUGUUCCGUCAAAUUAAACCGAGCUCUGUUGUAUCCAC